UGGUUUAAGAGUCCAAGAUGAGAAACCAAACUCCAAAUCAAUCAAAAAACAAGCAAAAGAACAAUGGUUUGACAAUGAAUGUUCCUUUCUCAGAAAACAAGAAACACAAUGACCCUGAAAACAAAGCCUCAUGCCAUGAAAACCACACAAGCCUUAAACAAUGUCAAGAAAAUGAAUGCUAAAUACACAGAUGAUCAAUUGAUCGGAACAAUCGAAAAAACUAUAGACCAAAACUCUUUUUGGAACCUGUGUAAAAGAUUUCAUUCAACCAAAUAUAGCAGAUAACAUUGCAAUGUUUGGAAAAACAUUUUUUAUCAAAAUCCUGAAGACUGUGGUUUAAACGUGGCCUGAGGAUGGAUAUGUUGGCAUGGUCAGUGAACUCUCUUAUCCUUUUUUCCCAAAUUAUAUAUGAUGAUGUGUGACCAGGCUGUGCAAGCUGCCCCGCUUCAUCCUGCUGGAGAAUGUGAAAGGCUUUGAGACCUCCUCUGCAAGGGAACGUUUGGUGAAAACACUGAUGGAAUGUGGAUACACUUUCCAGGAGAUCAUGGUCUCACCCACAAGUGUUGGAAUCCCAAAUUCAAGACUGCGUUAUUUCCUGAUUGCUAAGAUUUCAACAGAAAACUCAAGCACCCUGACAAGUUUUAAGAUUUUAGAUGCCAUCCCACAUCCUGCUGAGAGUGAUUCUGCUGAGCUGCCAACAGCCCUGGGUCCUCCCCAUCCAGGUACCUGCCAGCCAGAAGAGGAAAUGCCAGGGGGUCCUGUCCUGUAUAAACUAGAGACAACAAUGGAUGCCCAAAGGAAGAUAAAUCAGAACCAUGAUCUGUCUGUCAGGCAGAUCCAAGAUUUCCUGGAACCACAGAUGCAAGUAAUCUUGGAACAUUAUCUCCUUCCUCCUAAAACACUGCUGCGAUAUGCUCUGCUCUUGGAUAUUGUUCAGCCCACAUGCAGGAGGUCUGUCUGCUUUACCAAAGGGUGGGUAGUAAAUCUUCAUUUAACUGUCACUAUCUUCACUUGUCUCAUUAUUAUGUGGUACAAGUAACUGCAGACAAAGCGUGUGUAGGACAUAACUGGUUUAAGUGUUGAUCCAUAACCAUUUAUUUGGUGCCAGUUUUACAGUAUGUGCCUUGCAUAAAGGUCCAGUGUGUAACAUUUAGGAAGAUCUAUUGGCAAAAAUGGAGUAUAAUAAUCAUAGGUAUGUUUUCAUUUGUGUAUAAUCACUUGAAAAUUAGAAUCAUUGUGUUUUCAUUACAUUUAGAAUGAACUGGUUUAAUCUACAGAAGGAGCAGGUCAUCC